AUGUACCUUGGAGUAAGGGAUAUGGAUAUGGAUGUGAGGAUGGGGAUGGAAAGUAUGGGAAACUCUAUUAUUGUUGAUAGAAGUUGCAGGAGGACGGGUUGCGACGGCUUGAUGGGGGAGGGGGAGAUGAAGAGGGAGAUGGAGAUGGAGGAGCAUACAUGUGUUGAAAAAGAGGGGAAUGAGGAGAAGGUGAAUGAGGAGGAGGGGCAUGCUGCGGUGAUUUUUCAGGGAACUGAUUUGGAUGUGGAGAUUCGGGGUGUGGUGAUGAUGGGUCGGGAGAGAGAAAGAGAAGAAGAGGAAAAAGGGAAAGAGGGAGGGGAAGGAGGAGGACAACAACAGAAAGUGGGACAAGAACAACGAGAACAAGAACAAGUAAAACGAGAAGUGGAAGAGGAAGAGGAAGAAGAAAAAGGAAAAGAGAAAUCAUCACCUUCAGAGCUAUUACAGCAAUCAUGGGAUAUUGUCAUUGUUGGAACGGGAGCAGCAGGGUUGACGGCUGCGCUUGAAGCGGCGACUACUGGAUCAACACCUCAACAACAAGGAGAACAGAAACAAAAAAGACCUCUCCGCAUCCUGCUCCUCGAAAAAGCUCCUUUAGAGUGGGGAGCAGGCGGAAAUGGAUAUUUCACGGCAGCAGCAUAUCGCACGCAACAUUCGGGGUUGCGAGAUAUUCUGCCAUUGGUUUCCAAUGUAAGAGCAGAAGAUGAAGAUGAGGAAGUUCCAAAGAGACACAAAGAAGAUGAUGAAACAGUCGAAAAAGUCUCCAGCAACAAAAUCGACCUCCCACCUUACUCGGCCUCGGACUUCCAGCACGAUUUACAACGAGUCACACAAGGUCAGAGUGAUGCCGCACUGGGCGACAUUGUCAUUCGAGAGAGUUUGGAAUUGGUACAGUGGUUGAAACGAGUUGGGGGAGUGGAUUGGUGGCUCUCAUUUCGUCGACAGGCGUAUCAGAUUGAUGGUAGGUGGAAAUUUUGGGGAGGGUUGUGUUUGACUGUCAAGGAGGGGGGAAAAGGUUUGAUUCGGGAUUUGUUGGGAGCGGUAAAGAGACAGAAAGGGUGUGAGAUUUGUUUUGGGAGUGAGGUGAAGAAGUUGGUCGUUGAUGAUGAUUCGGGGGCGAAAAUCAAAGGAGUGGAAGUGGAAAUGGGUGGGAGGAGGUAUCAGGUCCAGACGAGGAAUGUGAUACUUGCCGCUGGGGGGUUUGAAGCCAGUCCGGAACUGAGGAAGAAAUGGAUGGGUCCCGGUUGGGAACGGGCGCAUACCAGAGGUACACCGUACAAUACGGGCGAUAUGUUGUUAGCUGCUUUGGACGUCGGAGCCAAGAGAGUAGGAGACUUCAGUCCGACUGGCUGCCACAGUGUCGCCUGGGAUGCCGACUCACCCAAGAACGGAGGUGAUCGGGAGAAGACGAAUGAAUUCACCAAGUCCGGCUACCCAUUAGGUCUGAUGCUCAACACUCAUGGGAGGCGCUUUGUCGACGAAGGAGUCGAUUUGCGAAAUUACACAUACGCCAAAUUCGGCCGCGCCAUCCUCGAGCAGCCACAGAGCAUUGCCUUUCAAGUCUGGGACCGCGAAGGUCAGCAAUGGCUACGAGCGGAAGAGUACCGCGACGAGAUUGUACAGAAAGUGACAGCAGACUCGAUUGAAGAGCUGGCGCGCAAACUCCACGACGACCAUCACGGUCUGCAGAACGCAGGCGAAUUCGUCCAAACUAUCCACGAAUACAAUUCUGCCGUCGCCGCUCAUCGCGCAGAAUACCCGCAUGCCCAAUUGAAUCCCGCAGUCCGAGACCAGCUCUCCACACAAUCGACGUCGGUGCAACUGGAAUUGCCCAAAUCGAAUUGGGCAGUCCCUAUUCGCACGCCGCCUUUUCUUGCGGUGGUGGUCACGUCGGGUAUUACGUUCACGUUUGGCGGGUUGGCGAUUAAUCCGGAAAAUGGCGCUGUCUUGCGUGCGGACCACGACCACGACCACGACCACGACGAUGACGGCAGAUCGGAGAUGGAAGGGUUGUACUGCGUCGGGGAAAUGGUCGGCGGGUUGUUUUAUCAUAAUUAUCCUGGUGGCGCGGGUUUGACUGCGGGGGGCGUUUUUGGGAGACGGGCGGGGAGAGCUGCUGCUGUUGCUGCUCGAGUACAGCAGGGGAUGGAUUGAUGAUUACAUGUACCUUUUUUUGUUGGAGAGAGUACAUGUAUGGCAUUAUUAUAUAUACAUGAAGUACAGGAC